CGCGCGCCGGGGGGGCGUGUCCGGUCCGCGGGCCGGAGCGGGUCGUGCGCGCUGAGGAGGAGCCGCUGCCGCCGUCGCCGUCGCCGCCACCGCCGCCACCGCUACCGAGGCCGAGCGGAGCCGUUAGCGCCGCGCCGCCGCCGCCUCCCGCCCGCCCCGGAGCAGCCCCGGGCCCGCCCGCCCGCGUCCAGAUUUUUGAAAAAUACAAUGUCUAAUGGUUAUGAAGACCACAUGGCCGAAGACUGCAGGGGUGACAUCGGGAGAACGAAUUUGAUCGUCAACUACCUCCCUCAGAACAUGACCCAGGAUGAGUUGCGCAGCCUGUUCAGCAGCAUUGGCGAAGUGGAAUCUGCAAAACUCAUUCGGGAUAAAGUAGCAGGACACAGCUUGGGCUAUGGCUUUGUGAACUACGUGACCGCAAAGGAUGCAGAGAGAGCAAUCAACACGCUGAACGGCUUGAGGCUCCAGUCAAAAACCAUUAAGGUGUCGUAUGCUCGCCCGAGCUCAGAGGUCAUCAAAGAUGCCAACUUGUACAUCAGCGGGCUCCCUCGGACCAUGACCCAGAAGGACGUAGAGGACAUGUUCUCUCGGUUUGGGCGGAUCAUCAACUCACGAGUCCUCGUGGAUCAGACCACAGGUUUGUCCAGAGGGGUUGCGUUUAUCCGGUUUGACAAACGGUCGGAGGCAGAAGAGGCAAUUACCAGUUUCAAUGGUCAUAAACCCCCAGGUUCCUCUGAGCCCAUCACAGUGAAGUUUGCAGCCAACCCCAACCAGAACAAAAACGUGGCACUCCUCUCGCAGCUGUACCACUCGCCAGCGCGACGGUUUGGAGGCCCCGUUCACCACCAGGCGCAGAGAUUCAGGUUCUCCCCCAUGGGCGUCGAUCACAUGAGCGGGCUCUCUGGUGUCAACGUGCCCGGAAAUGCCUCCUCCGGCUGGUGCAUUUUCAUCUACAACCUGGGGCAGGACGCCGACGAGGGGAUCCUCUGGCAGAUGUUUGGGCCCUUUGGCGCCGUCACCAAUGUGAAAGUGAUCCGCGACUUCAACACCAACAAGUGCAAAGGGUUUGGCUUUGUGACCAUGACAAACUAUGAAGAAGCCGCGAUGGCCAUAGCCAGCCUGAACGGCUACCGCCUGGGGGACAAGAUCUUACAGGUUUCCUUCAAAACCAACAAGUCCCACAAAUAACUCGCUCAUGCUUUUUUUUUGUACGGAAUAGAUAAUUAAGAGUGAAGGAGUUGAAACUUUUCUUGUUAGUGUACAACUCAUUUUGCGCCAAUUUUCACAAGUGUUUGUCUUUGUCUGAAUGAGAAGUGAGAAGGUUUUUAUACUCUGGGAUGCAACCGACAUGUUCAAAUGUUUGAAAUCCCACAAUGUUAGACCAAUCUUAAGUUUCGUAAGUUAUUUCCUUUAAGAUAUAUAUUAAACAGAAAUCUAAGUAGAACUGCAUUGACUAACCAGUCCCUCUGGAUGGUGGUGAACCUGAAGCAUGCUUUAACCUCUAAGACUGUCUAACACGCGUUUCAUUCAAUGUCUCCACAGACUGGGUAGCAAAAAAAAUCACCUUUUAGUUUUAGUUUUUAAUCUAAAGAUGUUAGACAGAUGCUGAGUGUGCGUUUUCUCAACCGCUUCAACAUUGUAAGCGAUGUAUGCUUUGGUUGACAGGAAGUUCCUUUUCCAGGCAGGUCCCAUUGCCACCUCCUGCUCACUCAGUCCCGGGCUCUGCCAAGUGGUCCUGGGAAUGGCGGUGGGCCCGUCCAGCGUGGGCCACCACUGGGGCCGAGGGCCGCAUGCCGGGCGGGCCCUCCAGAGAAGGACACAAACGUGUUUCGUAAGCCCAGGCACCAAUGGGAAUGGACCAAAGAGUUUCAGGGAAACUCCAGUAUAUUCCAGAGUUAGAUCUAAGCUCCAGGCACGCCUGAAGAUGUGUUGCUACUCUGACGCCCCGAGUUUCUGUCCACACAUUGCAUGCACAGCGCCCCACACAUUGGAUACUGUUGUUCCACGAUAAUUUCUCCCGUUUUCCAGAGCAUUUAACAUAGCUUGGAGGCGUAAGAUGGCUCUGUUUUUUAAUAACACAGAAACAUUUGAGCAUUGUAUUUCUCGCAUCCCUUCUCGUGAGCGCUUAGACCUUUUUCUAUUUUAGUCGCAUUUUGUUUUGGAAUUUUGCUUUUGUAUGAACACUCAGCAGAAAAGUACUUACUUCUUGCCAGUUAUCUAUUAACCAAAACCUUUGAUUUGUAGUUUUAAAGAUUAACCCUCAAAGUUCUCUUCAUAACUGCCUUGACAUUUUGGGUUGUUCUGUUCUGUUAAUUUUCUUUUGCUUUUUUGUGUUUUUUGUUUGUUUUUACUUUUGCAUUUAAGACCAUUAAAUUUGAUUUUGUUUUGCUCGAA